UCCGGACCUCGGCUCCUCACUUUGGAGGGAUUGUUCCAAAGCUGUUGGCGUCGAUCUCGGCUCACGUUGAAACGUGACAGUUUCGCCCAGAACAUUAAAAUACCAACCCCAAACAGUAUUCAAGCUUCAUUUAAUGAUCAAAAGUCCUAUCUAUCUCAAUUGUCUCGUGAGAUUGAUGACGCUAGUGACAACUGCACCAUGUUGACCUCACGAGAAGGAUUCACGGUCGACGUGAUUGCCAGAUGGCUCCGAAAAUCUGUCCUCAAUCCAUACCUCUCGAUACCGCUUGCAACUGGACUGGCGGUGGUAUCAGCAAAAAAGAACGGAGCGGUCGGACUCUCAGACAUCAGAUUUGACACCGCUCAGCGCGUUGCGGUCCUCGCGGCUCUAGCAAGCUUCGUCUUGUCAACCACCGAGUAUCUCAACAAAUGGUCAGCAAACAACUGGACGACAGACCACACAUGGGAUUUUGACAAAGAAAUAAUUGUUGUCACCGGUGGCAGCAGCGGCAUCGGCCACAGUAUCAUCAAACAUAUCUUGGCCAGAAACCCCCAGGCGACUAUCGUUGUUGUCGACCUGGCUCCGCUAUCAUGGGAGCCUCAGAAAGGUUCCAACAUCCACUUCUUCAAGUGUGAUCUGACCGACACAAAAGCGCUCAAGACUCUUUGCACGUUGAUCCGAACUCAAGUCGGCGAUCCUACCGUUGUCAUCAACAAUGCGGGAAUCGCACGGGGUUACAGCGUCAUGGAAGGCUCGUACGCAGACGUUGAGUUGACCAUCAAGACAAAUUUGCUCGCCCCCUUCCUGCUUACGAAGGAAUUUUUGCCGCACAUGGUUCGCAUCAAUCAUGGCCAUAUCGUCAACGUCGGGUCGAUGAGUUCGGUGGUUCCCCCAGUGAGAAUUGCUGACUACUCUGCCACGAAGGCUGGGCUCACCGCAAUGCAUGAGUCACUUCAACUUGAGCUGAAAUACAUUCACAAAGCGCCAAAAGUUCGUCAAACGCUUGGAAUCUUUGGCUUCAUCCGAACGCCGCUGGUUCCCUUUGACCCCGGUCAGCCUCACUUCAUGAUGCCGCUCCUUCAUGUGGACUCGGUAGGAGAGGCCAUCGUAAAUUCCCUUUACAGUGGCUUCGGACGGACGAUCUACCUGCCCGGUAUAAUGUCAUCUGUGACAGCCCUGCGAGCUGGUCCUGAGUGGUUGUGGCGUCUUGCGAGGGAGACUACUGCGAGCGCGAAAGAUAUCGCGUAUACGCCAAGGCAAAAGAUUGAUGACACAACUGGUCAAUUUGAGAUGGUGUACCUGAAGUCAGAGACGGUAACUCGUGGCUACCGUUUUCGAAAACAGUGUCAAUACAUAGGCCGAUUUGACAUGCGGAAAAUGUCGAAAACUUCGGAUACGCCUACCUAUAGUCAGUUCGCAUGGUACGGCAUAGGCGACAUCAAAUUCUUUGAGCGGCACAGUGAUCUUGGAGGAACAUGGUUUAUCAACAAAUACCCAGGUAACGUCCCCUUUACGAGAUGUGCAUGCGACGUGCCCAGCGCAUUGUACAGCUUCUCGUUCGAGUCCAACCCAGACUGGAGUCGAGUACUGCCUCCGCAACAGGAGCUAUGGCAGUACCUCCACGAUGUGGCCCAGAAAUACUCGCUCAUAGAGAAGAUGAGGUUCGGCGUUAAUGUCGAGCAAUGCGUCUGGUCGGAAGAACGCAAACGCUGGAGGAUGAACAUCCGUCGCUACGAAACCAACCAAGUCUUCGCGCAUGAGUGUCAGUUCCUCUUCGCUGCCACGGGACAACUCAUGCAGCCGCGGGAGAUCGAUGUUCCCGGUUCAACAAGCUUCAAGGGUCGCAUCUUUCAUUCGUCCCGGUGGGAUCAAACCGUGGAUAUCCAGGACAAGAAAGUUGUUGUCAUUGGGAACGGGUGUACUGCAUCGCAAAUCGUACCGGCCAUUGUAGGCAAGACGAAGCACCUCACGCAAGCUAUCCGCACAAAGCACUGGGUCUUACCCCCCGUCGAUAACGAGAAUACAGAGUUCAUGAAGAAUGUCUUGAGGCAUGUGCCAGGAACACAGACGCUGCAGAGAUUUCUGGUCUUCGCUGCGGCAGAAAACACAUUGCGAGGGUUUUACAUGACGAAUGAUGGGAAUAAGUAUCGCAAGCGUGCUAGAGCCAACGCUGAGAAGUACAUGAAGACAACGGCGCCGGCGAAGUAUCAUGACAAGCUCAUACCUGACUUCGAACUCGGCUGCAAGAGACGCAUCUUCGACUCAGGUUACUUGAAGAGCUUGCACUCGGAAAAUCUCACUCUACUAGACGACCCGAUCCAAGAAAUUGUACCAGAGGGUAUUCGAACUCGGGAAGGCGUCACAGAGGCGGAUGUCAUCGUUUUGGCCAAUGGUUUCGUAACAAACAAUGCGGUUGGGGGGCUGGAUGUCAUUGGUCGAAACGGAGAGCAGAUAGACCAGCAUUGGGAGUCGUUUGGUGGCCCAGAGGCCUACAAUUGCACGAUUGCAAGCGGUUUCCCAAACUUCUUUGUACUUCUUGGACCGAACUCACUCACAGGCCACACGUCCACCAUCAUCGCAGCGGAAAACUCCAUUAAUUUUGCACUUCGCAUCAUCAAACCGGUGCUUGAUGGCAAGGGAAUGACCGUCGAAGUUACUAGAGAGGCAGAGCAGCAAUAUGUCAGCCAGAUGCAGGCCGACAUGCAAAAGACCGUAUGGUCUACGGGAUGCACUAGCUGGUAUCUGAAGGACACAACGGACGGCAAGCAGUGGAACGGCUCGACCUAUCCUUACUCUCAAGCGUACUUCUGGUAUCGCUGCUUGUUCCCCGACUUUGGUGACUUGGAAAUACGUGGACCGACCCAUGCCGGGCGUAGGAGACGGACAUGGCCAAAGAAGUUGGCAGUUGCCGCUGUUGUGGGAUACGCUCUGUCACUGCUAUUUGGCCUAACUCGGAACCCAUUGGCUCGAAACCGCUAUUGGCAGCAGUUCAGUGUAGGCAUGCAAUUGUUAAGAGCUUUGUUGAUGAUGAGAUUGGCGAAUUUGAGAAGGAGGGUGGGCAUGGCAUGA